CGGUGUGCGAGGAUGAUGGCGAACAAAAAAUAAAGGGGAGAAGGAACGGUGCUGGCAGCCGCCACUGGGAGAGAGAAAAGCGUAUGGCGUAGCGUUUCAGUCGCGAGUCGGCGGCCCGAGAACUCGGGCGUUGAACGCGCGCGCGCAAUGCAGGAGGUAAAGAUCUACGGGGCCCGAGCCAGCGACGCCGUGGCCCACGACGGGGAGACGACGGCGGUGCCCGGGUCCCCGGACCUCGAGACGUGUCGGCUCUGCGUCAAGAGGUGCGGUCUAGGUUCGGAACACUGGGGCCUCUUCGAGACCGACCUGCCGCAGAAACUCAUGGCGUUCGCCGCCGUACAGAUUCAAAAGAAUGAUGGCUUACCGUCGGUCAUCUGUACAAACUGUCGAAAUUUGGUGUACAUGUCGUACAAUUUUAAGUGUCAGGUAGAAAGAAGCGAUCAUGAUCUUCGCCAAGCUCUUCUCAUUGGACAAUCAACGACCCAUUGGCCUUCGGUAUCAAUUGUAAAAUCCAUUGAAACUAUAAAUACAUUGGAAAGUAUGGUACCUUGUUUGCAAAAGAAUAUCAAUGGCCCCUGCAUGUCGGUACAACACGAACAUAGUGAGAAUAAUCAUGAACAAUUUAUUUUUGAUAUUGCCAAUAGUUGUGAUAUAGAAAGUGAAACAUGUAAAAAGCAAGUUCAAAUGGAAUCGAAUAGUUUGAUUGGGGCAGAGAAUAUUGUAGAAAAUAGUAAUGCAAUUACUUUUGAAUUGAGCGGUGGAAUAUCGGAAAGCGUGAAUAGUAGGGAGCACGCUUUAAUAACUUACGAAGAGCAAUACGAGAUGAAGAACGAAUUAAUUAUCAAAGCUGAUUCUGGUGAAUUGAAAUCAAAGGAAAUACUCGAAAGUUUUAAUCAAAGCGACGAUGAAAAGCCAUUAAUAUUGAGAACAAAACGUCACAAAUGUAAUUAUUGCAUAAAGUCGUUUGCCAGCCUGUCGUUGCUGGAAAAACACGCUGUGAUUCACAAAAGGCAUCUGGAAAUAGUUUAUACUUGCUAUUUAUGCGACGAGCAAUUUUCCUCGGUCGAUAAAGUGAAAAAUCAUGCGUUGGUCACUCACGGCGUGAACUUGGAGAAAGAAAAAAUAAUGGAAAGUACAAGAAUGCGACGUUUAUCCGGUUGGGUUAAAAAGAUCGACGACCCUAUUAAUUAUGAGCAGAACAAUUUAUUGGUCGAAAGUAUGGAUGAAAUGAAAAAUAAUAAAUUUGUCUGUAAAUUUUGUUCCAGACAAUUUACUUAUCAUAAGUCUUUUAUGGCUCAUAUUACAACGCAUCCGGAUUAUAACGAUAAACUAUUAAGCGAAUUGAAUAAAGGUCCAAUAGUUUCACAGGCUGCUCGGACAAAUACAAAAACUACUUUGCCCUCUGAGAACGCUGAGGUUAUUUCUGAUCAAAUAAAUGCUGAAAUCACUUCCCAUUCGGAAACUUUAAAAAGCGUUUCUUAUCCAAUAAGUGAAGAGCCGUCUUCGCAAUCAAGAAUUUUAGCAACAGUCUCUCAAGAGAAUAAGUGCAAAGGCGGAGGUAUUUAUAGAGACGAUACGGAGGAAUCUGAAGCCGAUGACGACGAUGACGAUGACGACGACGAUGGUCAGUGCGAGGAUGACGAUAUGCCCGCAGCUAGUAUACAGUGUAAUCAAUGUGGUAAACUCGUCGCAACUUUAAGAAAUCUCAAAAGGCAUCUCCUAACACAUUCUGGCCUUAAACAUAAAUGCUCGAUAUGUAGUAAGGAUUUCUCAAGACCUGACAAGCUUCGAGAGCACCAGCAAUUAAAACACAAGGAGGAACUGUUUGGGAAAUCUGAUUCAGACAACGAAUCGUCGGACGACAAUAAUGUAUCCGUUGCUCGGAAAAAGGAUAAAUGUAAUCGACCGUAUAAAUGUUCGCUGUGUCCGAAGGCCUUUGCACAGCCUCAAUCACUGGCCAAUCACGAAGAAAGACAUAAACGGGUUCGCGAUGUACAGAAGCGCUACUUGUGUGAAGUCUGUAGCAAAUGCUUUGCACAAAGUGGUUCGUUAGUAGCUCAUAUGCGUACUCAUACAGGUGUAAAGCCUUAUGUUUGCAACGUGUGCAGUAGAGCUUUCACCAAAAGUACAUAUCUGCAACUUCAUCUUAGAACGCAUAGCGGAGAAAAGCCGUAUAUUUGUCAAUAUUGUAGCAGAGCUUUCGCCAGAGCAAACACCUUGGCUCGACACAUCACUAUGCAUACGGGAGAAGCCAAGUAUCAAUGCCAAAUCUGCACAAAAUCUUUCAGACGACUCACAUCUUUGAACGAGCACACAUAUACUCACACAGGUCAAAGACCUUACGCUUGUAAGAUUUGUUCCAAGAGGUAUAACAAUGCUGGUUCGUUGUAUGCACACACAAAGAAAUGUAAGGCGAUGCAAGUUGCUGCGAAUCAAACAACAUACUCGGUCUCUCUACAUCCGAAUGAUAAUACUAGCAUAGUACCACAGAAUGACAGUAAUAAUGCGCCACAGCUUCUGAUUUUUACCGAGAAGAAAAUCGAUGAAUUAAUAACUGACGAGUCUAUAACGGCUGUACCGUCCACCUGCCAAUACAUGAUUACGAAUGUACACGCUCAGAAAUCAAUGACACCCAAUGUGCUCGAGCCAUACACGAUUCAAGAAUCUGAUGUUUAUAGUAUGAACUCUAAACAAUUUAAGACACCUUAUUACGGAUUGUAUCCAAAUAUGUGAAAAUUGUAAAUUUGUUCAAGUUAAGUGAAAUGUUUGUAUGUCUUAUUUUUUCUAUAAGUGAGAAAUAUUUAUCUUACAUUUGAUAAAUUCUAUUUACUGUAAAAACUGUAAAACUGUAAAAAGUUAAUUUUUCAUUCUAACCAAUGAAU